AGAAGUGUUAUUCACUGCACAGUCAGACUGGCAUCAUAAGAAACGUUUUUCGCCUGCUCCUACACCAAAAUGGCAAUUCCAUCUUUCACGCGGCUGGUGCGUUUCGUGCCGAAAUCGGACACAUCGAAGAUAUACAUCGGAGAGCCGGAGUCAGAUACCGUCGACGUAGGAGUGGCCCUGCGCGAAGGUCAGCAGGUUUCGGCCUUCCUCUGGUCCGGCAGUUCUGUGCUUUCUCCAGGCACCAAAACCGGCUACAGCGAGAUUAUUGGUCAAUUGUUGUCGCCAGUGGCCGCUACCGAAGUGGGAACAAUUCGCUGCAUUGGGCUGAACUACGUCCAGCAUGCUAAAGAAUUGGCUGUCGAGCUUCCCACUGUGCCCACUGUCUUCCUGAAGCCAAGCACGGCACUCGGAGAUCCGUGGCCGGCACGAACGGUACUGCCAGCACUUACACAAAAGUCCGAUACAGGCGACUACGAGUCCGAGCUGGCGAUUGUCCUUGGUAAAGACUGCAAGAACGUGUCAGAAGAGGAGGGCCUCGACUACGUGCUGGGCUACACAGCGUGUAAUGAUAUCUCUAGUCGAGCGAGCCAGUUCGCACAGUCGCAGUGGUGUUUCUCCAAGGGAUUCGACGGCUCAUGUCCUAUCGGUCCGACAAUUGUUUCGAAAUCCUUAAUCCCCGACCCAUCCACGCUACGUAUCCGUGGUUUGAAGAACGGCGAUGUGAAGCAAGACUGCGGCACCGACGACCUCAUUUUCAGCAUAGCCAAGCUGAUCAGCUUCUUGUCGCAGGGUACGACUCUGCCUGCAGGCACAGUCAUCAUUACUGGAACGCCAGCCGGAGUGGGCGCAGGAUGCACUCCAAAAGUAACCAUCCGAGAAGGUGAUGAGUUCGCGGUGGAAAUCCUCCCACACAUUGGCACCCUUUUCAAUGUCUUCGAAAACGAGAGGUAGGGGUCUACAAUUCGCCCAAAGAAAAGAACAUAGGGUUAUUCUGGUCGAAAGCGCCUAGCUGAGCCGCAAUGUCAAAGUCCAUGCCACUGCCGUCGAUCAGGCCCAGUGGUCCCCAGUAGUGAUUCAGCUGGACAGAGUGGCCU